AUGAAGUUUGGCAUACAAUUUGAGUUUCACAAGAUCCCAGAGUGGUACACUGAGUAUCUAGACUAUCUUAAAUUCAAACGUCUCAUUAAGGAAUUCAAGCGAAGAGUCAAAAGAGGAGAAACUUAGAAAUUGAAUGGAUUUUACUAUUUGACUCAAAGUAAGAAAGUUGUGAAACUUGAUUUGCAAAAUAAAUUACUCAACAUCAAGUACCAUAGAGUAAGUGACGGAGGCUCUGAAAUAAAUGAUGAUGAAUCACACAGCCACAGCUAAAAGAUAUAGUUUAAAAUUCAAAGGGAGAUUUCUAAGGAUGACUCUUAUGUGAUGAAGAGAAAUUAUCAGUAUCUGGAUUUUGAUGACAUGCACGAAAAAAGAUAAAUCGAGUAUGAGCUUGCUUCUGCUAUUAAUAAGCAAGUGAAUAUCAACGAAUUGAAAUAGCAUAUUCCAGCUCAAGAUAAAAAACACCAUGAUCAUAAGAAGAUAGGCUAACAAGAGGGCAUUCAGCCUCUCUUAAAAGAGAACUUAUUUGAGUUAGACUACGAGUAUUACAUGAAUCACAAUUAGCAGGAUUAUUAAUUGCCAGAGGUUGAUAUGGACUUUUAACUCCCCAAAAUUGACAAGAGUGUGAUCAUCAAUUUGUUUCCUAAUAUCUAAGAAAAUUAACAAGGUAUAAUAAAAUUAUGGGCACUAAUUCUUUCUUUAGUAAUUGAUGAAUCUGAGGCAGAGAUGAGACAGUGGAUUGAAUUAUUUCUUGAAGAUAUAAAUGAUGUAGAAAUAUUCUUCUUAUCGAAGUUCGAGGAGUACUCAUAGGAACUUGAAAUACUCAAAGAAAUGUAUAUUAAGAAGAAAUCGCCACAUAUGUUUAAGAAGGCUUCAAGUAGUCAUUGUGGUCUUUAUCAAGAUCAUGGAAUCCAUAAGAAUGGAGAUGAUAUGGAUGACAGUGAAAUCUAAAUGUCAGAAAUCAUCUAAGCCCCUGAUCAGCAUACCACUGGAACUAAAGCUACAGCAGGAUUUAUAUCUCAAGAGAACACUAAUACACUUUAGCCUCCUACCAGCAAAUCUCCUAUUUAAAAGUAGAGCUCUGACUUAAUCUAAAGCUAAUAAAGAUAAACAAAGAUGCAAAAGGUUUAAUAGACUGUUGUUGAAAGAAAAAAUUUCUUGAGGAUUGAUGCAAAGAGAUUGUCCUUAGUUAAGGAUGAACUGGAAUAUGCUAUAAAUUGGAGAAGAGCCUUUGGAGAUCUCUAUCGUAGAUUCAAAUGGCUAAACGCAUUUGCAAAAAUCAACUAUAUCGCUAUCUUUAAGUAUUCACAUUUAAAUAUUAACAAUAAUUUUAGGAUUUAUAAGAAAUUUAUGAAAAACUAUUUCGUGAUGAAAGACAAUAUCUUAGAUAAGAAGAUGACUGAGCUAAUCAAAAGCUAUUCAUUUACUGAUAGAUACUUUAUAAAUCAUUAAGUUAACGAGCUAUAUAAGUACUAUGCCUUAUUUUUCACUAAAAAUAAUGUGCAAAAAGCCCAAAAAAAGCUUGAAGAUACUGGAUAUGAAAUCAGGCGAAAAGAUGCUCUUUUCAUGUCAUUUUUCUGUGGAACUUUAACAAUGAUUCUUAUCAUGUUCAUUUUUAUUCUAUCAAUACCUGAUUACCUACUGAAUAAGCAUGAGGUAGGAAGUGACAUAUAAAUUUACUCAUCACUAUACACAUUCAGGUUUUUCUUUAUGCUAAUCUUUAUAAUGUGUGCCUCUGGUUGUGUUGUCAAAGCACUUCGAAAAUAUCGAAUAAACUACAUGUACAUAUUCGAGCUAGACCCUCAAUAUAAAAUCACUCAUAUCUAGCUAUUCAAGUUUGCUAUUGCAUUGUUUGCUAUUUGGGCAUUUUGUCUGAUGGGUUAAACUUUCAUAAUAAAAUUGGAAUUUUUAUUUGAUAGAGCUGUUGCAGUAUUUACUCUGAGUUUGAUCUGCAUAUUUAUAUUCCUGUGCAUUUAGCCAUUUUCCUUCUUUUACCGAAGAGGAAGGAAAUCUUUGCUAGUGACUCUUUGGAAUAUAUUGAUCUCUCCUUUUGGAUUAGUCAGAUUUAGACACUUCUUUUUGGCAGAUAUUAUUACAAGCAUGGUCAUUCCACUUAAAGACUUGGGCUAUGUCAGCUGCUUCUUUUUUUAGGGUGAUUGGCUAAGUUCAAGUUUACCUAAUAAGGAUAAGUGCCCUAAUCUUGAAAAUUAUUUGAUAUCUGUGGCAUUUUUGCCUUUCUGGUUUAGAUUAGCUUAAUGCUGGAGAAGAUAUUACGAUACCAAAGUAUAAGCUCAUCUAGUAAAUUCAGGAAAGUAUCUAAGUGUCAUGGUGGUUCAUGCAGUCUAUAUAUUGAGAGUUAAACAUGGAUCAGAUGCUGCCUUAAUGAUAUACAUAUUAGUUUGCAUCAUAAGUACAGUAUAUAGCUACGCUUGGGAUAUAUACAUGGAUUGGGGUCUAUUUAGAUCAUUUGAAAAGGGCAAGAUGUAUCUAAGGCCAAAGUUUUUAUAUCCUGCUUGGUUUUAUUACUAUGCUAUAGUUAGUAAUUUUUUCUUGAGAUUUUUAUGGAUACUUGGAUUGAUUAGAAUAUUCCCAGAUUGGGUCUAUCAUUCAUAGUUGAUUAUGAUAAUACUCUGUCUAGGAGAAGGAUUUAGGCGAGCUUAAUGGGCAGCCAUUAGACUUGAAAAUGAAAAUGUGAAUAACUUCGAAAAGUAUAGGACGCUAUUGGAAAUCCCAUAAGUUAAGGAUGAGGAAUAUGAAAAAUGA